CAAACUUCUAUUUUUCUCCUCUGGGGAUAAAUCCGUCUGGACUUCCUUUAUCUCCAACCCUGCAGCACAGGCAACAACCUCACUGCAAAGUUUCCGGACUUGCUAUUUUUCCUUGGAUGUGUUGGGUUGUUUGCUACUCUGCGACACCCCCAAAUUCAGCUUAUACUCCGACCCGACAACGAAACAAAAGUUGCUGUGCCCUUUACUCCGUUUGCCUCUCUUACCUUUAUUUAGCUCCUGGCGUGCGAUAUAUAUAUAUAUAUAUAAUUAUCCAGUCAGCCCAGAAGCUCCGUUUCCCUUCGAUCCUUACAAACAUUUCCAGUCACGACAUACUACUACUACCAAGAUGUGGUACGGCUACGGCUUCAGCAGCAGUGCUGCCUCUUCUCCAUCACCCUCAUCGCUCCCUCCACCACCUCCACCACCAUCUCCCAACGACUCCCUCCUCGACAUCAGCCCCCGCAAGACAUCCUUCUCCACGUCGUCUGGACGCAACACAUCCUGCGCCUUCCCAUCCUGGCCCAACCGAUCCUCGCUCUUCUCAGACUCCGACGAGAGCGCCAGCGCGUUCCUGUCGGACGAGGAUCUCUUCGUGGCCUCGACACCUGACUCGGUGCUCAGCAGCGACGACGACCUGUCGCUGCCGUCGAGCGCGUCGGAUCUCACCACAGAACAGCAGAUCGGCCUGAUCCAAGCGGCACGCGAGAAUGAGACGCAGGGGUUCUUCGCCCAGGUUCAGGCGCACGCCCGGGCCCAGCAGGCUCUCCGGGUGGCCCAGCAGACGAUGGCAGCGCAGGCAGGAGCCAAGCGCAAGAAGCGACGCGUCGUUACAGACAAGAAACGCCGCGCUGGCUCGGCGUCCUCGUCGUCUUCAUCCAAGGCGUCCUCCAAGGCCGUGUGAAACCGAUUAACCGCGGUAACGAUAUUAUACUCUUCUUUUUUCAACAUUGUUUCGCCCGAUCUGGACGACGACACCUCGACUCGGAAGGUCAAAAAAGGAAAGCCGACGACUACUUUACCGCAUGCGUUUGCAACACACGGUAGCCUCGGUCCAUCGGCGGUAAGGCCUACAGACCACAAAGACAAAAAACGUCACCCUCACCACCCUCUUUUAUUUUUUUAAACUUUCAGCGGUAGGGCUGCGAACCCUGGCUCCGCAUCCACCCGAUGGAGGGAGAAAGCUUUUGGCGAACAAACAAGUAAAACAACCACGGAAAAAGCGGUUGUCGCAACUCCACGUGAAAGUCAAAUCAACCACGCGGAAUCGCCACGAGAAUACUUUUUUCUUAUUAUUGAUGAUUUACGGACUUUUGCCGUUUUUCAUCGAUUCGGAUGGAAGUCCAGCCCAAAAAAAAAAAAAGCUUGAAAGGAGGGAAACGACUUUGAUCCGGAGCGAGAGUUCCGACCCCACGACAGCCUCGGCUGUUAUGCGAUUCGCUGUUGGGGGGAAGACGGGGAUUCUCAUCUGCACCGUCCAUCAGCCGCAAGAUGACUCGACACACACGCAUACACACGCAAAAACAGUGUGUUACCUCUUUUUUUAUUUAGUGUUGACGGUUACUCCGGGACUCGUAUUUGGCGCUGUGACAGGCGAAGAGUCGUGUUGUUCUGCAUGUUCGUCGCGUGCGCCUCACCGACUCUGGGCGGCUGGCGGCGGAGCUGCGGAGGGAGAAUGCUGAGUCAGCCAGCCAGCCAGCCCUUUCACUCACCGCCUGUUGUUUUGUCGUCGUUCCUUAUUCGACUCUCCAUCAUCGCUCGCUCGCUCUCCCUCGCACGUUACACCCGACAGACUCUUCCUCGCCCUAUGAAAUCUGUCAUUUUUUGUCGUGCAUCCCGUUCCCUGUUUCCGACUCUUUUUUUUUCUCCUCUUUGAUCUUCUCCUCGGGCUGCCCGACAGUUUCGAUACCAAGUUUUUUAUUAUUAUUAUUUUUCUAUUUCGGAGUAUCUUUUAACUGUUAGCCUAUUUUUAUCUUUACUUUUUAUUUAUAAUCUGCCCACCAAUCGCACUAUACCCCCCCGAGAUUCGUCAUCUCGAGUCUUUGUCGUGUUAUUUCUCUUGUUUUUAAAAAAAAUUCAGCGUUGCAUGGCGAGGAUCUUAUUUACCGUCUGUUACUCCAGCAUAGCGAGGUGGUGUUUGGAAAAUUGGCAUGCAUUAACUACUACUACUACUACCACGAUGGCAUCGCAAUUUCACUUUCUCUCGCACACACGCAUAUAUGCAUAUUACAUAGCGAUAUGGGACCCGCAAAACUCGGCCCCCAGUCUAUUCUUAACUAGUUGAUAGUCUUACAAAUAACUACCCCCAAAAAAAAAUAAAUAAAUAAAUAAAAUAAUCAACACGAAAUCAUUUUGAUC